AUGGAUGACUACUUCAUGCUCGUCGGAACUAUUCUCUUUUCAGUAACAGCUGCUCUUUGCAUCGUCUGUUGUCACUAUGGCUCUGGACAGUUCGCACGAGAGCUGCCCACGGUGACGAUAUCCAAAGGAACAAAGCUCUUUUACAUCGCAGAGUACUUCUACGCAGUCAGCGCCAUGUUCGUCAAGAUCAGUGUUGCAGUAGCGCUUCUGCGCAUCGCUGUUGGUCGUCGCUUCUUCACUCUGUUCUACUCGGCCAUCGAGAUCACUGCGGACUUUAGUCUCUCGAUCAUGCCGGCUAUUCUGCUUUGGAAUGUCCAGAUGAAGGGAGCUGUGAAAGCUUCAGUUGCUGUCAUGCUUGCGCUCGCUUCUUUUGCCUCAUGUGCUACCAUCGUCCGCCUCAAGUACCUCACACUCUACAGUGACCCUGGCGAGUUCAUGUACAGUACGGGCAAAAUCGGCUUCUGGUCCUUGACCGAAGUCGGCAUUGGCCUCAUCGCCGGUUCGCUACCUCCUCUUCGCCCUCUCCUAUCCCUGCGCAUUAGGGUAUCCGCCGGCUCCAAUACUCCUGAUGCAUCUGGCGGACAAGCAUACCAAUCUGGAAUAAACAAUCGGCAGCCCACCUCGCGCUCCCGCGUGAUAGCCAUGGACACGUUCCAGACCUUGGGCGACAACGACGAGGCCGAUAAUAGUGAUGGAGACUCUCAGAAGAAUAUCAUAAAGGAGACGAAGUUCACAGUAACUUCGGUCAUUGCUGGAGGUCCUCGAGACCCGGGGCCUAUGGCUUGGGAUCGUAAGGAGGGAAGCAACGUCUGA